AUGGUGCAAUGUAAGAAAUGCAAACUGUUUCUAUCUUUGGCUAAAGAGGAUGUAGUGAGAUGUAAGGGAGAAUGUGAAAAUGUUUACCAUAAAAAAUGUGUAAAUAAAAAGUUCCUAAGUAGUAUGCUCUGCGACGACUGCCAGACAAAUAAAAGCAGCCCUAAACAGUCCGUAGAUGAUACGAAAAUCACAUUAAAUCCUAGUGAAGAGUCUGGAUUUGCCUUUAAAUUCUACCAAAGAUGA